GUUGCUAUGGGCAACUGGGCCACGUUUCCUCUGGACAGGUUUUGAUAAAUCUCCCCCCAUGUCUUCAGGAAUGUUUCACAAGAGUCAGACGCACGGCAUGAUUACAGCCUGUGUUUUCCAUUGAGGAGAGGUUUUCUUUCACUUUCACUUUCCUCAGCUGGUCAUAGCUCCGCCCUCUAACAAGACAAAAACUAUUUAACUUCCAGGAUAAACCAACGUCAGCUGAUAGUAAAUGUAUGAGCUGAGGGCAAUAAUAUAGGAACCCAAUACACAGAUUCGGGAGGGUCUCUGCCCAAAACACAACGUUCCCAGCUCCCGACAAAGGAAAAAGAAACUAAAUUCAUUCACAUUUUGAGGAAGUUUCUAAAAAAAAAAAAAAAUCUGUUGCUCACCGAGGGGAAUGGAUGGCGAUUUUGUUUCUAUUAUGAUGAUGGUCGACUCCGAAUCCGCUCCGGACUCACCGGCAGAGCUUUGGACGUUACAGACCGUUCAGAUUGAAAAAGAAUGUUUUAUAUGUCGGGAAACUGAGAAGAAAAGCCACGAGAAGCUACAACACUUCUGCGAUUGCACAGAUUUAAGUGUGCACCACCGGUGUUUGCUGGCAUGGAUACAGAAGGGAUCCGGUAAUGAAAAUCGACAACAAUGUAGCGCGUGCACUGCCAAGUAUCAACUUCAGGAGGGAACUAUAUGGAAACAACUUGUUUGUCAAUGGAGAAAUCUAGUGGUCGGUCUCUUAUUAGUAGCAGCCAUCAUAGCUACGCCUAUCUCUGUCCAAUAUAUAAAGACACUACCAGAUCCGGCUCCUUCUCAGCUAUUUCAGAUUGCGGCAGUGUGUGCAGGCGUCAUAGCAGAGACCCUACUACUCAAGUGCUUCCUCUGCUACUGCUGCGACCAAUACCACAAAGCCAAGAUGUCGUCUUACUCCAUCCAGGCCAGAUCUGUAGAGGAACGUGCCGGGGUCAGACACCAGAGUCCGCGCUCCCCCAAUUCCUCGACCCCCGUGGUGAACAGGACGGGGUCAGAAGGACAGACGCCCGGACCAAAAGACCCCCUGAGCCUCAAGCUCUUGCUAUGACUGGAGGAAAGUCAGGACGGAACCCAAAGAAAGCCCAGAGGCAGCGGGGAAAGCAGAUUGAUUUUCAGUGAGUCAUUUAGCUUCUGGACUGGAUGCAGCUUCUCCCCUGCUGGCUCUUUGGCUCCGUAUUAAUAGGACGCGCGCACCAGGCUGAGUAGCUUAAAAUAAUUAUAUGUAGAAAUCCCCAAAAACCGCUCGCCAUCCAAAUAUUUCCUUUUGUACGGAUAUAGACUGCGAAACAAAUUACAUUUACAUUAUUAAAAAUGAAAUCAUUUGGAUUUACCUCAAUUUCAUGUUAAGCAGCAAACUGGACCCUAUUCAAAUCCGCCCGUGGCUAAUGGCUCCGCGCUUCGCCAUGUGCGUCCUGAGUGGGUGUUAGCACAAUAUCCA